GCGAGCGGCGGUGCCUUCCCGCCGGCCGUCCGGCGGUAGCCCCGGCGCGCCGGCCAUGGAGCCGCCCGUGCCGCCUCAGGAGCAGCCGCCGCGCCCGCGCUCGCACACCGUCACCACCACCAGCAGCUCCUUCACCGCCAACCUGUCGGCCAGCUCCAGCACUCUCGCCUACGACAGGGAGUUCCUGCGCACCGUGCCCGGGCUCCUCAUGGUGACCGAGAUCGUAUUGGGGCUGCUGGUGUGGACCCUGAUCGCUGGAACAGAAUACUUUCUAUAUCCAGCCUUUGGCUGGGUGAUGUUUGUAGCUGUGUUUUACUGGGUUCUCACCGUCUUCUUUCUGAUCAUCUACAUGACAAUGACCUACACCAGGAUCCCGCAGGUGCCAUGGACCAUGGUGUGGUUACAUCCCAUGAAGAAUGAGUCUGUUGCUGCCUCUGAGCUAACAGACCUGGCCAUAUGUCUUAAACAGCAGGAAUCCCUACUGGAAUCAACACCAUGCAUUAGAAGCAGGACUUGAGCUCUUAAAACAUGAGAGUCUUCCUCUGCUAAAGUUAAAGCAAAGGUGGUUCAGAGGUAGCAACACUCUGAAAAUCCAUAUGUAGUCAACUGUGAAAAUGGGGCUGAAAAUUAGUGUUAUAUAUAGGUAAAAUAUGUACCAUGUAAUCCUUUGCUUUUAGCUCAAGACUUAAAGCAGAUCAGAUAAACAGCUAUUGUAAUUACAGAAAAAUUUCCCAGGCACUUAAAAUUCAGAUCCAGUUUUUAUGGUUUGAGCAAACCUGGCCAGCUCUAACUCGCAACAGUGUGUUUUUACCUCAUUUGCAUAACAACCUGGUCUUCAGGAUAAUAGAUCCUAAAAGUCAUUGUCAUUUCAGCCAACUGGCUAUUUGUGACCCAUCUAAGAAUCACUAGAAAUUUUCUCUUUGCAUUUGUUGGAUUACAAUGACAUACUGUUCUUUUAUUUUUUUUAACAGCUAAAUAUUAUUGACUAGAAUUCUGUUAUUUUUAUGAUGAAAUGUAUUUGACUUCUGUGUUGCACAGCUUGUUAUCAGCUAUAUUGUGUAUGUGACUAAAAUUGAAUACUGGAAUACUCUUCUCUUUUAGUGUUCCCAUUUGCUGCUGCAAUAAAUAGCCAGCUAUAGCAAUUACUAAUGAGAACAACCAGAAUUAUGUUCAGAUAGCUUCUCUAUUUUCAAGUUUCAUAACCAGCAAUUACCAUUACGGCUGUAACACUGCUAUAGAAAUGUUGGAUUAUUUCAAUUACAGCAGUAAUGUGUCUGGGUGCAUUUAAAGGUGGGGGGGGGGGUUCCCCAUUGCAUUACAUGUAAGUGAAGUACAUUCAAAGGGAAAGCAUCUUUAUAUCCAUUUGAAUAAAGCUUUGGUCAUUACCCUUCUUUCAUCAGGUGAAUGUUAUUAUGAGACAACUGCACAUAAAUGAGUUGCCCCUGAUCUAUGUGGUAGACAAACUGGAAUAUUUGAUUUGUUUCUAUUUCAUAUUGAGUGUAUUUCUUGCUCUGAGUUCCAAAUAUAUUGUAGAUGUACAUAAAUAUAGGUCCAAAAGGUAAUCUCCUUUUAUAUAAAGGGGUCAUAUAAAGAGAAAAUAAAUACAAAAUAAAUAAAAGUUGCUUGCUUUCCAGCUUGUUUUGUCCUAAGGUAUUGAAAGAGCUUUUGGGAAUAGCCUUUGAAUUGGUCCUUUGCUGCUCCUGUCUGGCCAAGAACAACAUUGAGUCUCUUUUCAGGGAGGUGUUUUUAGUCUUUGUUCAAAAGAGCAUGACACACACCUUUUUGACUGAGUUGCAACCCACCUUUACCCUAUUCUCUGAAGAAUCCUGAAUUUCAGUAUCUGCCAGUUACUGCUCUGCCUCCUUAGGGACAGUUAGCUCAAACUGUUCCUAUUGUAUGCAGUAUCCAAAAUUACAUCUGGACCUCUCUGUCAUAAAUUCACUUUUUGCAGGUUAAGCACAUUACCAAAUUGCUUAAGAUGCGGUUACUUUUACUGCAAAUUAACCCAAAGGAUGUGCUUCAAAACUGACUCUCCUUUAUAGUGCAAGUUUUUUGCUAAAACGAUCAAUGGAAGCUUUUAAAAUCUGGUAAAUUUGAAUUUAAGAAGCAGAUGGUAAUUUAGCAUGAACCAUUUGGUUUGAGAAAUAUAUUGGCAGUAAAGGCCCAGUCAGCUUGCACUGCAUUCCAUCUUCCCCAACAGUGUUUUUUCCCAGAGCAGCACUUCUCAGAAAUUAUGUGCUUUUUUCUUUUCUACAUGACAAGAUAUUGCAGGGAUUUGUAGCUUUCCGGGGUAAUUGAGUCUUCUUGGAAUGGGAAAUCUGAAAAUAACAACAAAUACUCUAGGUAUCAAAUUUGGAGUUUCUAAAUCAGUGCUUUACAGAAGUUCACCAGAACCUGCCAGUUGUUGGCAUCUCAUCCUAAAAUUGACAGUUUAAUAUUUUAUUGCUGUAAUGCCCAGAUCAAAUGAGGGGUGACAUCUGUGGGUAGAGAUAAUACCUUUUAUUGGACAAACUGGUAUAGGUGAGAUGAACCCCACUUGUUUGUAAGUGUGUGAAUCAAAUCUCAAGUGCCAGUCCUUGGACUCCCUCUGUGUGCUGAGGCACUGCCCAGCCCAGUUCCCUGUGGAAAGGUAAGUGGAUAUUUUCCGCUGUUCCUUCUGAGCUUCUCUUCUUGAGCUGCAGCUCUUUUUAGAUUUUGCCAGAGCUGGUGGCAGAUUAAUUAAAUAGGGAAUAACUGGCAUAAAUUCCUAGCAUCCACUGGGUCACACCAUGGGAAUUAAUAGUUGGAGCUGCAUCAGUAUGGCAACAUUUAGACAGUUACAGCAACAGUUAAAGGUUAUAUUUGUGUGACACUCUGGCGUGCAAACCAGGGGUCCAGAAGCUGAAGGGAGCUCAUUAUGUACAACUUUAGGACCAGGUCUAUAUUGAGUUACCAAUUCCUGCAAUUGUAACUACAUGCAAAGCGUGUCACAGGCAUUCCACUUAAAUUUGGCACCAAAUUUGUAUGCCUUAGACAAGCAGCAGAGUGGAGUUUUGGGGGAUUUCUUUAUUUUUUUUUUUUUUUUUAAGAGGAAGAAGCUUCCAUGACCAAGUAGUGAGAAAGUAAAAGACAAAGUAUUAAAAUCAUGUACUUUUUAAAAAACCCUCAUACAUUUUUCUCUUUCAUCUUCUCAGACAUCUGUUCUCUCUUCCUUUCCUGUUCUUUCUCACAUGCAAAAACCAAACGAACUUUUUGUUUGCUCUCUCUGUCAUGUGAGGUCAUUGUUACCUGCUUUGCUUCUUUCUUAGUAAUGAACAUAAGUACCCUGAGACAUUAACAUUGCUCCUUGGAGGACAAAAUGCAGCAUCUGCCAUGGAGGGAUCUUGAUGACCCAUGUAGUCCAUUCAGACUGUUCUCCUUGGGUUUACCUGUUUCUUUCUUCUCUCAAAAACAGGCAGAAAGGAAAGGUACUGGGAGAUGGAAGAAUACGAAUGAGAAAAAAAAAUGUCACCCUCUUUGUCUCCUUAAGUACAGUAGAAAACAAAGUUUUGGAAGUUUUAUAAAUAUUCUCCAUAUGCCAGGAGUUAUCGACUCCUAUCUUUGUGUAGAUUAGAAAUGUAGUCAAAGUGCAGUGUGUCUUGUUUCUUUUUUUUUUUGUUUUUUUAUCAUGUAGUAUCAUAUUCUUACUGCCUAACUCUCAGAUUGCGAUAACCAAAUUGAGUCUUUAUUUUCACUUUUGGAAAAUCAUAGCACACCAGCUUUAAGACUUUUCUGGAUUUAGUGUGAUGGAGAGAACAGUUUGUCCAAAGUAUGGUGUAUUGUUUAUGGAUCUUCAAAGCAGUUAAAUUUUAAUCUUACAGAUAGAAAGAUAGAAGAAGGUAAAAAUAGUUAAGAAUUAUAUUUCUAGUGUAUGCUGCAUAUGUUCAGCGUAUUUCAGAAGAGAGUUUUGUAAUGUUGGAAAACAAAUGCCUGUACAUAUUAAUUAUGUGUGUUUGUCUUU